UCAUAUGAUGUAGCCUAAUAUUCAGCAAAUUGUCAAUAAUUUGCCCAGUUGUAAAAUACUACCAACGGCUUUUGGAUUUGCAUAGAGCAGUUACAGAACGUCCUCUUCAAAAUGGAAUCAUAUCUAUCACACACAAGGGCAAAACAGUAACCGAUACACGUCCCUGCUGGAGAUGAUGACUAAAACGAAUAGCCUACGUAGACUACAAACAAGAGGAGAGCGCGUGCCACUAACUUCCUCACAAUUUCUCAAACUCUCAGAGAACAUAGAGGGGUAUAAUAUAUCUAAACAACAGCGUGGUGAUAUCGAUAAAUUAUUGUAGAACCUAGAUACAUUAUUUUAUCGAAGUCAUCGUCACCUUGCCUUUUCCAGUUUCCAGUUUCUACUGCGCGCGAAUUCACAGAAGAUAGUUUAAGUGAAUACUUUUCAGGUUACUUUGUCUCAGGACCAAGUAUGCAGGUGUUGGGCCAGAGCCUGGGUCCAGUAUCUCCUGUCACGAGUCAGUCCUACACCUCUGUGCCUCUGGUACCACACCCCCAACCCCCACAAGGCCUGGUGGUACCGUACACAGAUACCAGGUCCUUGUUCUCCAGAAACUCCCUGGCAUCCACCACCCUGAGCCUAGCAGAGACCCACUCAGUUCUGAGUGGCAGACAGGAGUGGCCCUAUGGCUACCUUCCUCCACUCUGCCCACAACAGGGUUCCACCCAGGCCAGCAAGGGGGGUGAGCUGCUCAUCCUGCCCCCUGGCACUGCCAUAUCUGGGGGCACCACCAUCUCCAACUCUGCCUCCCUGCCCUCCAACCUGUUUGGGGGAGAUGCCAACAGCCCCCGGCAGUACUCAGCCCACUCCAAAAAGAGGGCCCUCUCCAUCUCACCUCUGUCAGACGGCUAUGGCCUUGACUUCAACUCCAUCAUCCGUACCUCGCCCACCUCGCUGGUGGCUUACAUCAAUGGCUCCCGGAGCUCUCCGACCUCCCACCACACCCUUUCACCCCUCCAGCCUGAGGUCUAUGGCCACUUCCUGGGGGUGAGAGGGAGCUGUAUCCCCUAUCCUCAGACUCCAGGCCUCAGCCUCACAGCCGCCACGCUCGCUCUGACCCCACUGAGUGACCCCCAACUUGAAUUGGAGUGGCUGGAGCAGGGCAGGACGCUGGAGAGCCAGAUGGCUAACAUGGUGGUGGAGCAGCAGUGUCUCCCAGAGGAGGGAAGAACACCACAGAGGGCUGCCAGUAACACUAAUGACCUGGUGCCAUCUCUAAACUUUCAGCUUGAGUUGGCCACCAUCAUCAGAUCAGAUAGUCCACCGCAGGGCCCCCCACCUCCUUACCACUCUCACUACCAGCACCGCCACCUCCAAAGACCUCCUAGCCACAUCCAGGGUCAGCCCCAGUCCCAGGGCCCUGUCUCUCAGCCCCCCCCAGCUCCCCCUGGGCAUGGGACCAGCCUCGUGCCACAUCCCCUGUCCCUCUUCCCCAUGCUGGAGGAGGGGGAGCUGGAGGACUACAGUGGGGGGCACUGCUGCCGCUGGGUGGACUGCAGUGCUGUGUAUGACCAAAAGGAGGAGCUGGUUAGGCACAUAGAGAAGCGCCAUGUGGACCAGCGGAAGGGCGAAGACUUCACCUGCUUCUGGGCGGUGUGUCCACGCAGGUUCAAGCCGUUCAAUGCCCGCUACAAACUCCUCAUCCACAUGAGAGUCCACUCUGGAGAGAAGCCCAACAAGUGCACGUUUGAGGGCUGUCAGAAGGCUUUCUCUCGACUGGAGAACAUGAAGAUCCACCUGCGCAGCCACACUGGAGAGAAGCCUUAUAUAUGCCAGCACCCCGGCUGCCACAAAGCCUUCAGCAACUCCAGUGACCGAGCCAAGCAUCAGCGCACACACCUGGACACGAAGCCGUACGCGUGUCAGAUCCCUGGUUGUGUAAAGCGCUACACUGACCCAAGCUCCCUGCGCAAGCACAUCAAAUCCCAUUCCUCCAAAGAGAGGCAGUUGAGGAAGAAGCUGAGGUCAUCUAUUGACAUGAGCCAAGAGGCAUUAACGGACUGUCUAACCAUCCAACCCCUGCUACCCAGCCUCUCUCCUCUGGACAUGAUUAACAGCAAGCUGGGCCAAUCACCAAUACCUUCCCUAGAUCUCUACACAGAUCUGCUGACCAGUGGGCAGUCUAGCCACUGUGUGUCUCUAUCCAUCCCUUUCCCUCCAGCUGUUCCACAGGGCCAACCCUCCUCAAACAGCUCACACCUGGCUCUGCUGCGCCCCCAGCAGGAUAGUUAUAGGUUUGUUGAUAGGUCCACCCACCAACUCAACCCCGGGUCCCACCAACACCAACUGCCUGGCCCCUCCAGUUCUCACACUCACCAUCCUACUGUCUUAUCCCCAAAGACCAGCACACCUCUGAAUCAUCCCAGUCACACUCCUGUAGUAAACACAGACCAACACCCAGGUUUUAGUGGUCAGAUCCAGAUGGUGUACUCUCCAUUAUACAAUAAUGGUACACAUAAAUCCACCAAGCAGACAAACUCCUGUCACCUGAUGGAGAUCCCAGAGUUUGAUGAUAGCCUUUCUCCAACAUUCACAACUCAGAACAGACUAGACAUCUCCCAAAGAGCUCUGUCUGGGCUCACAGUAUAUGACCUGCAGGGUGCAUCACAGGAUCUGCUUGCUAACCCAGUACCAGUGAUGUCAGAGGACGCUUAUUUACAUGUCAGUGCAGUGGACCGUUGCCCUAGCCAGCUCUCCUGUAUCUACACUGAGGGGUGACGUCAGCAAAUCUACCUCUUUUCUAAAACAGAUACUCUGUAAUACAACACGUACAACAACUAUAUUGUUCUUCAGCUACAUGUUCCUUGACAUUGACCUGAGUGUGAUGCCCAUCUUGGGUGAGAACUGUAGACAAGAAGGGACAUUUAGUAGCUUUAAUUAAAUAGGCAAAAUGAACAUGUCCACAUCACUAAUUAACUGAUAUUAGUCAAUGAACAUUGUUUUCAUCAUGGCAAGUCAUGAUAAUUCUGACAUCUUUAGAUGUUGUCUUCACUCAAGUAAGUAUCAUCAGAUCUCCGAGUCUAAGCCCACAAUGAAAGUGCCUCCUAAAGAUUGUAUACUGAAAACAAAUCGCAGUUCUGUGGAUGCCAAUGAUAUUGAGAUUUGGAGGAUGUUUUUAUGUUUACAUUAUUUGAAUGCAUUUGUACAGUUAUAUCAAACUAUUGUCCCCCCUUUUAUGGAAUUACACAAUGUAAAUACCAUAAGAAGCACAUUGAAGGCAUAUGUGUGUUCUUUUUCAAAUGGGUGUUGUUCUUCGUAGCAUAUGUAUUCAUAUCAUGAAACAGAAUGUCCUACGAUAAAUCAAAUAUAUUUUUGUGCGAAUAUGUUGAGGAAUCUGACUUGAAUUGGUUGUUUUUUAAUAAAAAAUGUAU